UGGAUGUAGAGAGAGAAAGCAGAGAGAGAGAGAGUGUGUUAGAGAGCUCGUUUUCUUCUCGCUCCUUGUCGUUGCUCUCCUUCUAGAGAGAGAGAGAGUGAAUCUUGGAGAGAUAAGCGCCUGCUCCUUCGGCAUUUCCGUCAGACAAAGUUAACACUGUGAGCUGGAUUAGAAGACCAACGCUUUUAUUAAUGAAUUCGCUGAUGAACACUGUCAUGUCAAGAUUACCGGAACUUUAUUAACCGAAAUUUAACGGUAAAAGAAUGGGUGAUAAUGAAGAUGCUAAUAAUGAAAUGAUGCAGAGGCUUCGCUCUUCUUCGUUCGGAGCUUCUUCUUCUUCGUUUAUGAAGCAGACACUGAACAUGGACCAACUCAGCAUACCCCAAUUCAGCCCCUCACAAAUGCGAGCGAGGCAUCAUUUUCAGCAGAGUUUCGGUGUAGAAGGUGGUAACAAACGAGCCGGGAUACCACCUUCGCACCCGCACCAGAUCCCACCCAUUUCGCCCUACUCCCAGAUCCCGGUGUCGCGUCAGCAAUUACCUUCUCCUACACCCACACACACCCGAUCAUUGUCUCAGCCCUCUUUUUUCAACCUCGAUUCGCUUCCCCCUUUGAGUCCUUCUCCCUUUCGUGACUCCUCUUCCACUUCUAUCUCAGAAGCUGACGUGUCAAUGGAAGAUCGUGAUGUCACUUCGCAUGCUCUGCUGCCACCAUCGCCUUUCUCUAGAGGGAACACCAACAACACUGUCACCGCCGCGCCCAACAACAACAACAUUUCUCGCAUUGGAGAGAGUUUACCUCCGCGCAAAGCGCACAGGCGCUCUAACAGUGAUAUUCCAUUUGGGUUUUCCACCGUUUUGCAAUCUUCGCCGCCCCUUAUUCCUCUUAGGGGUAGAGAGAACCCUGGUGUAGCGAAACCUGCUCAGCUGGUCAAAAAGGAGACAACUUGGGAUAGGGGUGUUGAUCAUAAUGCAGAGGGAUCCGGGGAGAAGAAAUCCCCUGAAGGGGAGGUGGUGGAUGAUCUUUUCUCUGCCUAUAUGAAUUUGGAUACCAUUGAUGCUUUGAACUCCUCCGGGACUGAUGAUAAAAACGGGAAUGAAAAUCGUGACGAUUUGGAUAGUAGAGCGAGUGGAACUAAGACUAAUGGAGGUGAUAGCAGUGAUAAUGAGGCAGAGAGUAGUGUUAAUGAGAGUGGGGAGGGUAUGCUGAAGCAAGGAAUGAGUGUUUCAGGUGAGAAGAGGGAGGGGAUGAAGAGGAGUGCAGGCGGGGAUAUUGCACCCACCACCAGGCACUAUAGGAGUGUCUCAAUGGAUAGUUUCAUUGGGAAGUUGAAUUUCGGUGAUGAAUCGCCUAAGCUGCCACCUUCGCCUGGUCCUCGAACUGGUUUGAUUUCACCCGGCAAUUCAAUUGAUGGGAAUUCACCCGCUUUCAGCUUGGAGUUUGGAAAUGGGGAAUUUAGUGGGCCUGAAUUGAAGAAAAUUAUGGCCAACGAAAAGCUUGCUGAGAUUGCUCUGACGGAUCCAAAGCGUGCAAAGAGGAUUUUGGCCAAUCGGCAAUCAGCUGCGCGGUCCAAAGAGCGGAAGAUGCGAUACAUUUCAGAACUAGAACACAAGGUUCAGACUCUGCAGACAGAAGCCACCACACUGUCUGCACAGCUUACUCUGUUACAGAGAGAUUCUGUUGGACUCACUAACCAGAAUAGCGAGUUGAAGUUUCGCCUUCAAUCCAUGGAACAACAGGCAAAGCUUCGAGAUGCUCUAAAUGAGGCGCUUACUGCGGAGGUUCAGAGACUAAAGCUUGCUACGGCUGAAUUGAACGGGGAUUCACAUGCUUCUAGCUGCUUGAUUUCUCAACAUUCUGUGAACCCUCUGUUGUUCCAGCAGCAGCAGCAACCUCCUACUGCGUCCCAGCAAAACAUUCAUCUUCAACAGCAACAGCUUCAGCAUCAACCACAGCAGCAGAAUGGUAAUGCCAACUCAAAGGCCGACUUAAAACAAUAGGUUGGGAAGGGCUUCUGCAGCUGGAAGGUUCUUUACAUAUUCACUGCUGUUUCAUUGCACUCAGUUUCUCAUAUUUGUUAAGGUUCUCAUAGUUGUUAUCAUCUUAAGUUUGAUCCGCAUUACUUGUCCAGCUCGGACAGAAAGUCCAUAUACAAGUUCUAAUCCCUGUCUUAUAUUUAAAUUAUAGAGCAUAUUAAAUUUCAGUAUAUAUCUUUAAUUGUAAGCAUUAUUUGGACAUGAUUUGUUUUAUGAUGGCAUUUAGAGAAACUGUUCAAACUUUUGUUUUGUAAAGAAUGAUCAUUCUGUUGUGGUUCCGUUCCAAGUUUCUAAUCUGUUUGGACUAAUUGAAAGUGAAGAGAAAAUUCAAUGCAUUAAAUUAAAGUCAUGUU